UGUGUGUGUGUGUGUGCAGAUCCGCUCGGACCAGGACAGGGACAUCUCAAUCCGGUACAGCAUUACCGGGAUGGGGGCCGACCAGCCCCCCAACGAGGUGUUCAACAUCGACCCCGUGGCGGGCAAGAUGUACGUCACCAAGCCCCUGGACCGCGAGAUGCGCUCCUCCUACCACCUAAGAGCGCAUGCGGUGGACAUGAACGGCAACCAGGUGGAGAACCCGAUUGACCUGUACAUCUACGUCAUCGACAUGAACGACAACCGGCCCGAGUUCAGGAACCAGGUCUACAACGGCUCGGUGGACGAGGGCUCGAAGCCAGGUGCCACUGACCGCUAUAGCCUCCAUUUUCACUCUGGGUUGCACAAGGGAGUCUGGAGGAAGACCUUAAUAGUUUUGGCGGGACAAUCGGCUGGCGCUUGAGCUGCGAUUGGCCGG